AUGACCCUCUGUGACCUUCAGGCUGUCCACACUCAUCUUGAUAAAACCUGCCCUGUCUCUGAGGCAACGCCUGCGUGUUUGUGUCGACAGGUGGACCGUGGACAGGUGGACCAUGGACAGGUGGACCAUGGACAGGUGAACAUUCGACAGCUGGACCGUGGACAGGUGGACUGUGGACAGGUGGACCGUGGACAGGUGGCCCGUGGACAGGUGGACCAUGGACAGGUGGACAAUGGACAGGUGGUCCAUGGACAAGUGAACCAUGGACAGGUGUCCCAUGGACAGUUGGACCGUGGACAGGUGUCCAAUGGACAGGUGUCCUGUGGACAGGUGGACCGUGGACAAGUGUCCCAUGGACAGGUGAACCAUGGACAGGUGUCCCAUGGACAGGUGUCCCAUGGACAGUUGGACCGCGGACAGGUGUCCAAUGGACAGGUGUCCCAUGAACAGGUGGACAAUGGACAGGUGGACCAUGGGCCAGUGAACCAUGGACAGGUGUCCCAUGGACAGGUGGAUCAUAGACAGGUGGACCAUGGGCCAGUGAACCAUGGACAGGUGUCCUGGGGACAGGUGGAGGCUCUGCUGUCUCUGAGCCGGUCUCUGAGCCGGUCUCCGGGGGCCAGGCGGCGCCUCCUGCAGGAAGUGUUCGACCACAGCUUUGACUCCGCCCUCCAGUCGCUCAUCUCUGACUUCCUGUCCAGGAUCGACCAGCUGUUUCCUGUCCCCGACUUCAAACAGGCGGCUUCCUGGCUGGGUGCUGCCCCUGGUGGUCUGGAGGAGUGUCUGCAGGAGGCGGACAGGGAGGAGCUGAGGACACUGCUGACCAAUCAGAGCGGACGACUGGGCCGAGCAACCACCACAGGUUCACAUCACUUCUUCUUCUGGUGCUUACAGAGCAGCUUUGAUUGUUUUGAACCUGGACCCUGUUUUCCCAAGUUUUAUAUCUAA